AUGGCGACAAUCGCCACCUCGACCUCCAUAUCCGAUGACGAUCCACCACCACCUUCUUCAUCUUCAUCUAUGUCAACAUCGCCACCUAUUCCAUUGUCUCGGCCGCCACCGGCUGUUACUCCUCCGGGCUCAACGGCGGCGAUGAAGUUCGAUAAUUCCAAAAAACCAGUUCAAAUCCGUUCAGUCUGGUCUAGAAAUUUAGACUUUGAAUUCUCCAUCAUUGGUCGCGUAAUUGAUCGGUAUCCUUUCGUCUCGAUGGACACUGAGUUCCCCGGCGUUGUCUUCCGCAACAAUCCCAACCAACAGUACUAUUGUAACCCCGUCGACCACUACCAAACCCUCAAGUCCAAUGUUGACGCCCUCAAGCUCAUUCAGGUCGGAAUUACUCUAUCUGAUGCCUCUGGUAACCUCCCUGACCUCGGAUUUCCUGACCGCUGCUUCAUCUGGGAGUUCAAUUUCUCAGAUUUCAAGCUGGAGAGGGACGAACACGCUCCUAAAUCAAUUGACCUCCUCCGCAACCAGGGUAUUGAUUUUGACACUACCUAUCAGUUCGGCUCGUCCAUCUCGCUGUUUGCUGAAUGCAUGAUGUCAUCUGGCCUUGUGUGUAACGCUAACGUUACCUACAUUACCUUCCACAGCGCUUAUGACUUCGGCUACCUCAUUAAGGCCCUCACGGGAAAGGCCCUCCCCAGUACGCUUACAGAAUUCCUUAACUUGCUCAAAGUGUUUUUUGGAAACCGGGUUUAUGACGUGAAGCAUUUGAUGAAAUUCUGUUCGGGGUUGCACGGGGGAUUGGAAAGAGUGGCUGCUUCGCUUGGUUUGGAGCGGGUGGCAGGAAGGUGCCACCAGGCUGGGUCUGAUAGCUUGCUGACGCGGCAUGCAUUUCAGAAGAUAAGAGAAAUCUACUUCAGCAAUUGCAAAAAGGAAGCGCUGCCUGAUAUGUUUGCGGGUGUACUCUAUGGGUUAGAGGGUAGAGAAAUGAGCAAUGAGUUUGAAUCAUUCUUGGUCUACAUUUUUUAUCCUUAUACUUCUAGAGAAGUUGCAGGUGGGCAGAGUAAAGAGCAUUUGAAUGCCCUCCAGGAAAAAAAUAACAAGAUUGGAUAG